AUGCCUCUUGACAAAUUGGCAGAGCUCGCGGACCGCGUGAACGACUACUCCGGCGCAAGAUCCGCGGUGUUCUCGACCACUGUCACAUCAGACCUCGAGGCCCGGCAAUCUCGCCUCGAGGAGAAAAUUGACAUGCUCAUGGACACCAUGGCAGCAAUGCAGAUGGACACGCCUCGUCGCUCUCCACUGGCGAGGGGCCAAACUUUCCAACGCUUCAUCAACGAAGUCAUACGUGGUCUGCACUUCGUCAUCGCCUAUCUUGAUGAUCUGCUGGUGGCAAGUUCUUCCCCAGAGCAGCACGCUGACCAUCUGCGGUUGCUGUUUUCGCGACUGCAGGAACAUGGCCUAACUGUCAACACAGCCAAAUGUGUCUUUGGUGUUGACAACGUCGAAUUUCUUGGACACCUUGUCACACCUCAAGGAAUUAAGCCAUUGGACAGGAAGGUUCAAGCUCUACGGGAUUUUCCACGUCCCACGUCUCUUCGCAAGCUCCGCGAAUUUCUCGGGCUUCUGAACUUCCAUCGUCGGUUCCUGCCUAAUAUAGCGCGCAUCAUUCUACCUCUGACCGACAUGCUGAAGGCUCUGAAGGCUCCAAAGACACCAUCUGCGAUCUUGGAGUGGACAUCCGAAGCAGAAGCCGCCUUCCAAGAAGCCAAGAAUGCCCUGGCACAAGCCACCCUCCUAGUGCAUCCCCUAACUGACGCGCCCAUGCGGCUCAUCACCGACGCCUCCUCCAGUGCCGUUGGUGCAGUUUUACAACAAUUCCAGCACAAUCUGUGGUGUCCACUUGGUUUCUUUUCACAGAAGAUGAAGCCGGCAGAAACUCGAUACAGCACUUUCGACCGCGAACUCCUGGCUGUCUACCUUGGCAUUCGCCACUUUCGCCACCUUCUCGAAGAGGCACAACACUCUGACAACGAGCUGCGUGACCUGCGUGCAGGGUCCACAUCUCUCUCGUUUGCUGAGGUGCCACUGCCGUUCUCCACCGGUACGAUCGUCUGCGACAUGUCAACAGGCUGUGCCCGUCCAUUUGUGCCUUCCUCGCACCGUCGUCAAGUUUUUGACAAGCUACACGACUCGAGCCAUCCUGGUGUUCGCGCCACUCAGCGCCUCAUCACCUCCCGUUAUGUGUGGCCCGGCAUCAACGCAGAUGUCCGCCGCUGGGCUCGAGAAUGUCAACGCUGCCAACGUGCAAAAACGACCCGCCACACCAAGUCACCACUUCAACCCUUCCGUCCGCCUGACUCUCGCUUUGACCACGUUCACAUCGACAUUGUCGGUCCGCUGUCUUCAUCGCGCGGUAAACGAUACAUCCUCACCUGCGUUGACCGCUACACGCGCUGGCCUGAAGCGUUUCCCGUACACGAUAUUACGGCGCCAACCGUGGCGUCCGUUUUCGUAGCCGGUUGGAUAUCUCGUUUCGGCUGCCCCAGCGUGGUAACAACCGACCGCGGACGACAGUUUGAAAGUGAGCUCUUCGGAGCGUUAACAAGCAUCCUCGGUAUCCGCCACAUCCACACAACUGCAUACCAUCCGUCAGCAAAUGGAAUGGUGGAAAGGCUUCACCGCCAGUUGAAAGCCGCCCUCAUCGCCCGUGACGCUCGAACUUCAUGGGUCGACGACCUGCCGCUAGUUCUACUAGGCAUUCGGUCGGCCAUAAAAGAGGACCUCGGGUGUACUGCUGCCGAAAUGGUCUACGGGACGACACUACGUCUACCCGGCGAAUUCUUCGCACCACCGGCAGUCCCAAACCUCUCGCCUCCUGCCUACAUUGAGCAACUUCGGUCGCUCUUUGAGCGCUUGCGACCUACAUCACCUCGACAGCCCUCCACUUACGACGUUUUCGUAAGCAAAGACCUAGCUGCCUCAACUCACGUUUUCGUGUGCCGCGAAGGCAUCCGACCCGGCCUCACUGCACCGUACGACGGCCCGUUCGCAGUGCUACAGCGCGGAGAAAAGACUUUUACUGUUUCUGUGAACGGCCGUGAAAACGUGAUUUCAAUCGACCGUGUGAAGCCUGCGUACAUGGCAAACUUGUGCGUUCCUCUUGCACUCCCCGCUUGUUCCACGCCCGAUUCUCCCCCAUCCGUACCCUGCCCCGUGAGCAAGCACGUGUCCUGGGCAUCCGCGCGACAGCAGCGACCUUUGUAUCUACGGGGGGGAGCCCUGUAG